AUGCUAUACUUAAUUGGUUUAGGUUUGUCAUAUGAGACGGAUAUAACCAUCCGUGGAUUAGAAACAAUUAAAAAAUGUAAAAGAGUUUAUUUAGAAGCUUAUACAUCGAUUUUAAUGGCGGCUAAUCAAGAGUCAUUGGAAGCUUUCUAUGGACGUGAAAUUAUAUUAGCUGAUAGAGAGUUAGUCGAAAGUGGAUCUGACAAAAUUUUAGAGAAUGCUGACAAGGAUGAUGUGGCUUUUUUAGUUGUGGGUGAUCCAUUUGGAGCAACAACCCAUACAGAUUUGAUAAUUAGAGCUAGAGAGUUAAAUAUCAAAGUUGAAGCAAUCCAUAAUGCAUCUGUCAUGAAUGCCGUUGGAGCAUGUGGAUUGCAAUUAUACCAAUUUGGUCAAACAGUUUCUUUGGUUUUUUUCACGGAAACAUGGAAACCAGAUUCAUUUUACAAUAAAAUCAUGGAAAAUAGAAGAAUUGGUUUGCAUACAUUACUUUUGUUAGAUAUCAAAGUCAAGGAGCAAAGUAUUGAAAAUAUGGCAAGAGGAAAAUUGAUAUACGAACCUCCAAGAUAUAUGAAUAUAGAAACUGCGGCCACUCAAUUGUUAGAAAUUGAAGAAAUAAGACAAGAAAAGGCUUAUACUCCAAAUACGCCAUGUGUAGCUAUUUCCAGAUUGGGGUCUCCCGAACAGACUUUUAAAGCAGGUACUUUGCAAGAGUUAUCCGAGUAUGAUUCAGGUGAGCCAUUACAUUCGUUGGUCAUGUUAGGUAGACAAGUUCACGAUUUGGAAUUAGAAUAUCUAUAUGAAUAUGUUGAUGAUAAAGAAAAGUUCAAGAAGUUUGUGGAAGAAGAUCAAGAAUUUUUCAAGCCUCCUCCCUAUGUUCCUCCAGAAGAUGAAGAUUUAAGCGACUAG